UAUGGAAACUCUGAUUAAUGAAGGCUUAGUUGAGAAGACAGUAAGUCUCCUCCCUGAAGACCUUGGAGAUGUUAAGGCAAAUAUUGAGAAGAAGUUACAAGAGACUGUUCAUAGCUGGGACGAAUCUGUUGAUGGCAUCGUCCUUGGUGUCAAGGAAGUUCAGAUUUUGGAAUCUGGAUUGGGCUUUAUCGAUUUUGGCGACCUCGCUCAUUACACUGUUAGGUAUCAUGUGAGGUAUUUUAAACCUGAGAAAGGCAAACAUUGUGUUGGCAAGGUCUGCCAUGUCUCAGAGACUGGUAUUAGCCUUCUUGUUCUGGAUUUAAUUAACUGAAGAAUUUUGGAACCUGAGAGCGAAGAUGAGAUUAUCGACACUCGGCCGAAGAAAUUACUCGAGAAAUUAGGCAAAUCCACACUCGAUAAUGGAGAGAAGGUGUAUUUCAAAAUUGAGGAUAUCCAAGCAAGCAAUGACUCCAUUAUGCUUUUCGGUAGUAUUCCAGAUAAAGAGUAG